GUCAUGUAAGUCACGUCAAAAAGUUGCAAUUUCUUCAAUUACUGACAUCAGAGCAUUUUCGAUAGGUUUUCUGCAUUUUUUAAAUAAGUAUAUACUUUUUUAGAAUAUUUAUAACUACAUAUGGCGAGAUUAAGUGACGAGUACUAUGAACGAAAAUGUUUCCUGAAAACCGGAACGGUUCCGACGCAAACCGUGAUGAAGCAGCGAAUGACGCCGGCUCUCGCUAAGGUAUACUUCAACUCCAUGAGGCCCAAGUUGAAGGUGUUAGCGGGGCUCGCACCGCCCAUGAAGGGCGGCGGCAGCGACUGGUUCGUGCCUCCCAAGGAGCUCCUCAAGGGUAGGGCCGUCAUGAAACCUAUGAAAAAAGAGUACCUUUCCAAACUAGGGUUCGACGGCAUCGCUCAUUUCGGCGAGAAAAUUGUAGAAGACCACAAUAGAAAAAAGGCAGAGUACAGACGUAAGAAACUUCAGGAAAAUGACGACUAUUGGAAGAAUGCGAUUGACGCCAAAUGUCGCGAAGAAAGGGAGGAAUGUGAAUGCAUGGCCGCUCUCCAUAACACAAACAAGAUUGAGCUUGCAUUCCAUCAGUUUUGUUUUAUGUACAGCACGUCUCUCAGUAAUCUAGACGACUUGCUUUUUAACGCCGCCAUUAAAGACAUCAAGAGAGUGAGAGCCGAGACUCUCAAGCACAUGCAGUUACUCUACGAGCAAAUGCUGAAGCAACAAGCUACAACUCUUUACGAUUUUUAUGAAGAUAAACUAUUCAAGGAAAAAGAAAGGCUUAAAUCACAAUUUUUAUGCGACCUCGAGGAAGCCCGGCUACAAAUGUCCAAGGAAUUGCAUGAUAUCAACGUCGAGAAGCACUUGGCCAUAGAAAAGUUGAGACAUCUUCUUGAAUGCCAAAAUUUAGCUUGUCAAGUGUACGUAGCAUUAAAAGAGCGAGAAGAAUGUGCGAAAGAAAUUGAAGAGUCGAAGAAAAAGCAUAAAAAAGAAGUGAAACUUCUGAAAGACCAAAUAGCUUUGAAAGAUUUCGAGAUUAAACUAGAAACUGAGAAAGCAAAAAAGCGUAAGGAAUUUCAAAAUGUAUGGUACAAAAAAAUAUGCGAAGUGGUGAAGAAGUUUCAGUUAUUCGUGUCUUAUAGUUUGAACGAGUUGCCGGAAUACGCAGACUUCUUUAUUAACACGGAGAAACUACUGUUAUUACAAUUCAGUGAAGUUAUGGAAAAUCCAGAUCACGAGUCCAUUUUUGAAUUUGACAAAACUCAAUCCUUUCAUACUCCGAUACCGCGGCCGCAUCCCUACUUUCUCUUCUGCGAUAGAGGUUACCGACCCCAGGUGGAUCAGGAGCUCUGCCCCAAACACUGCACGUCGAGCGCCUCUCAGUUCCCGGUGAUAGUAGUAAACAAGAGAUGCAUUUACGCCGCCUGCGAUAAUUUCAAAAUGUUUUCUGACAAAGUGACUGAAUACGUUAGCGGGAAACGAGGUGAUGAUGAUGAUUUCGAAGAUGACCAAGAUUAUACUUACACUUUUCCAAUCAAGCACACACCGUCCGAUCAGAUCCAGCAUCUGAAGUUGGAGAGCUCAAUGCUUCAACUUUUGCAAAACGAGUGGGUGAAUGUGAGGAAACUCCCGCUCCAAUGUUGCGGUUGCGGAGUGCCGUAUUGUUUCUGUAGCAGCAUGGACGCGGCGGUGCCGGUCGAACCAAAACCCAGCACUCCAUCAUCACACACCCUGGAGUCAAUGUCGUCUGGUAAUAAAAUAACUACGCGUAUAGUGGAACUGGAACACGAACGUGAGCCCAAAUGGGAGAGUUUUAUGAAGUACGUUAAGACUAAAAAAUGUAAUUGUUCUAAAAUGGUCAAAAAGCAUUUGGAGGAGCAUCUGCCUCCGUACAUGAGGCAGAUGUCGGCAUACGAAGCGCCAGACUUGCCGCACUACGAGAUGUGCGAUUUGGAGACGUUGAAGAAGAUGGUGAAACAGGCGCGGGGCAAGCGGACGCCGCCUUCGGCGUCGGAGCCGCCAGAGCCGAGGACGAGGGACGUUGGGAUUCAGUUCUCGGAUCUCAACUUCGACUAUCUUUGUACUUGUUUAUCUGAAGAUGAAGCUGAUAAAUUUCUCCAGGUGUUUAUAAAGGGUUCUCAGAUGUACGAUUCAAGUUUAGCUCAGAGACAAUUCAGAGUGAUGAGCGGGUCUUUGACCCCGUCAUAUAUGGACGCGCCAUCGCCUUCGUUCGCCACCAGGAGAGCGUACUCGUUGAGAGACCUGCUGGAUGGCUCGCCUGAACUGGAGAUGAUAUUUAAGAAAACAGAUUGUAAGUUCGAUGAUUAGAAUGUGGUUUUUAUAUUAGCUUUAUUAAAAUAAUGUUUGAA